CUCUUUCUCUUUCAUUCUCGCUCUCUCUCUCUGUGUCUUUCUUUCUCUCUCACACACACACAAUAACAUGACAUUCACACCGCAGUAAAUGUAUAUUACCAGAAAGAUUGAGACUUGAGAGAAAGAGAUGGGGAGCAAUUGCUCCAAAGGGAGGAGAGAAGAUGGGGACACUACCACUUUCUCCAAAGAGAGUUUGUCUUGUGGAAGAAAAAAGGGGUACACUGAAGGGAGGAUCGCAGAGGGCAACAGUCUCAUUGGUGGAGAAACGCCCUGUCAACAAAGUCUUCCUAGCCUACAAUCUCCGUUCUCACCAGCAUACAAUCCCCAGUUUUCCCUCACAGCUGAGGGUGGAAGCAAUCUAUGUGCCCCAGUGAUCAGCAAUAAUGAAGUAGGAGGUAGCAUCAACAUCACUCAGAACAUCACUCAGAACGUCAUUCAGAACAACGAUCACUCCUCCCAGGUUGCACAAUGCAAUGACACACAAAAAAAACUCAUACAGAGAGUUAAAGAGGAACAUAAAGCCAGUCUGAAGAAGAGGUUUAGGUUUGUGUUUGAAGGCACUGCAGAGGAAGAAACUCCCCUGAACAGCAUCUACACACAGCUCUAUAUCACCCUGGGAGAGAAUGAAGGCGUUAAUAAAGAACAUGAGGUUUGGCAGAUUGAAUAUACAUCCAGGAGAGAAACAUCGUCGGACACUCCAAUCAACUCUAAUGACAUAUUCAAACCCUUAGCUGGACAAGAGAAAGAAGAGAAGAGACCCAUUAAAACUGUGCUGACAAAGGGCAUUGCUGGCAUUGGAAAAACAGUCUCCGUGCAGAAGUUCGUCCUUGACUGGGCCGAAGGAAAAGCCAAUCAGGAUUUGGAUUUCAUCUUUGUCCUCCCUUUCAGAGAGCUGCAUUCGAUCAAAGAUGAUGAGUUAAGUCUUCAUGGACUUAUAAAUGACUUCCACCCUGAACUUACAGAGAUAAAAGAUGCAAAGAUAUAUGCUACCAGCAAAGUUCUGUUCAUCUUUGAUGGUCUGGAUGAAAAGCGACAUCCACUCAAGUUUAAUACCAAGAGGGUGACUGAUGUUACAAAGACAGGUAACAAUGUAGAUGUAUUGGUGACAAACCUCAUCGAGGAGAAGCUGCUUCCCAAAGCUCUGAUCUGGAUAACCUCUAGACCUGCAGCAGCCAAUCAGAUUCCCCGUAGAUACAUCAACCUGGUGACAGAAGUAAGAGGGUUCGAUGAGCGACAGAAAGAGGAGUACUUCAAAAAGAGGGUCAAGAAUGGGGAAGUUGCCAGAAGAAUCAUCGCACACAUUACAACAUCGAGAACUUUCCAAAUCAUGUGCCACAUACCAGUCUUCUGUUGGAUUUCCGCUAAGGUUCUUGAGGAACUGUUGAGAGAAAAUGUGAAUGGAGAAAUCCCUACAACUCUGACUGAGAUGUACACUCACUUCCUGCUCAUUCAAAUACAGCUGGCACAAAAGGAUCCUGGGCAUGAGAGGGAUAAACAGAAGAUCUGGGAAUCAAAUAAAGUUUUCCUUCUGAAGCUGGGGAAGCUAGCGUUUGAACACCUGGAGAAACGCAAUCUCAUGUUCUAUGAGGAAGACUUGAAUGAAUAUGGCAUUGACAUCAGUGAAGUUGCAGUCUACUCUGCGUUGUGCACAGAAAUCUUUAAAGAAGAGAAGGUGUACAAAAAGAAGGUGUAUUGCUUCAUGCAUCUGACCAUUCAGGAGUUUAUUGCUGCCCUCUUUGUUUUCCACUGUUUCACAACCAAGAGCCUCAAGACGUCAUCGAGCCUCAAGUCUUUCCUCAUGGAAGGUUCAGAACCAUAUCUCAAAGCUAUCUUGGAGAACGAGCCUGUAGACCUUCCCUUGGAUGAGUUGAUGGAGAUUACCAUGUACAAUUCUGUGUCCAGAGAGAAUGGAGAGAUGGACAUGUUCCUCCGCUUCCUUCUUGGAAUGUCUAUGGAAUCCGUUCAGUGCCUCCUACAAGGCCUGCUGCCAAAGACAGAGAACAGUUCAGAGAUUGUUAAAGAAAUGAAGAUAAUACUUAAGGAGAUGGAUCUAAUUGAGGUCUCCCCUGAGAGGUGCCUCAAUCUCUUCUCUUUGACUGAAGAAGUUAAAGACCAUUCCCUACAUGAAGACAUUCAGAGAUAUCUGUCAGAAAAGGAAGCAGACAGAGAGCUCUCACCUGCUCAUUGCUCAGUACUGGCCUAUGUACUUCUGAUGUCAGAGAAGGUGUUGGAUGAGUUUGUCCUGAAGAAAUAUAAAACCUCCCAAAAGGGCUUUUUCAGACUUCUUCCAGCUGUGAGGAACUGCAGAAAGGCAAUAAUUGAAGGCGUUUAUCUGGAUAGAUGGUACUGUGCAGCGUUGGCCUCAGCUCUCCAGUUACCAAACUCACCAUUGAGAGAACUGCACCUGAUGGAUUCAAUCUUGAUGGAUUCAGAUGUGGAUGUGCUCUGUACUGGACUGUCUAGCCAAGACUGUAAACUGGAAGCACUGAGUCUCUGCGGGAAUGGACUCGUAAAAAAGGGACGUGAUCAUUUGGUCUCCUCUAUAAAAACAGUUCUCAGCUGCAACCUGAGAGAGCUGGGCUUGAGUAACUUCACACUGCGGGAUUCUGUAGUUGAGGUACUCUCUACUGGACUAGGGAGUCAACACUGUAAACUGGAGAUACUGAGGCUGAAUCGAAAUACACUAACAGACAACUUCUGUGAAGUACUAGUCUCAGCUAUCAGCUCAAAUUCCUCUCAUCUCAAAGAGCUGGACAUUGUUCACUGUGACCUGAUCGAUUUAAGAGUGGAGCUGCUCUCCACUGGACUCAAAAGUCCACACUGUAAACUGGAGAAAUUGAGGCUCUAUCAAUGUAAUCUCAAUAACGAAAGUUGUGAAGCACUGGCGUCAGCUCUUCAGACCAUCCCCUCACAUCUGAGAGAGCUGGAUCUGAGUAACAAUGACCUGAAGGACUCAGGAGUAAAGCUGCUGUCUACUGCACUGGGGAAUCCCCACUGUAAACUGGAGACUCUGAGGCUGCCAUUCUGUAGAGUCACAAAGGAAGGCUGUGAUUCUCUGGCUUCAGCACUAACGUCAAACCCCUCCCACCUGAGAGAGCUGGACCUGAGCUACAAUUACCCAGGAUACUCAGGAGUGAAGAUGCUCUCUGCUACUAUGGAAGAUCCAGCCUGUAGACUGAACAUCAAUAUUGACCAGAACGAUGAGUGCUGGGUGAAACUGGAGCUGCUGAAGAAGUACGCCUGUGAUCUCACACUGGACCCAAACACAGCAAACAAACACCUCUCUCUGUCUGAAGGAAACAGAGUGGUGAGAUAUGAGAUUAAGAAACAGCCAUAUCCUGAUCACCCAGAGAGAUUUUAUGACGCUUUUCAGGUUCUUUGUAGAGAGGGUCUGACUGAGCGCCAUUACUGGGAAACGGAGUCAAGUGAUGACGUUGUUCUCGGAGUGACGUACAAAGGAAUCAAAAGAAAAGGCAGCAUCUCCAACGACGUUGUCAUUGGACACAAUGACAAGUCCUGGUGUAUGGAGUACAAAACACAUUUUUGUCAUAAUGGCGCAGAUAUUACAUUCCCCCCCUUUAGGAACCACCCUAGGCACAGAAUAGGAAUGUAUCUGGACUGGCCGGCCGGCACUCUGUCCUUCUACACGGUCUUCUCUGAAACAUUGACCCAUAUGUACACAUUCCACACCACAUUCACUGAGCCCCUCUAUCCAGCUUUUGGACUAGGUGGCUGUAACCCUUGCUCAGUGUCCUUGUGCCAGGUAGAGUAGCCUUCUCGGUCCUGGAGGAACACCUGGGUCUCCAUGACAACAGUCACACACACACCCUUUGGUUCUAACACAACCGUGUGACUUGAUGCGGUUGACAGUGGUCAUGACUUCAGAUAUGGACAUUAUAUUAUAUUAUUAUAUUCAUGUGACUGUACAUCCAUGUUCUGUAAUGUUAGUGCAGUUAUGUGAAAUGCUUUUGACUUUGAAUAGGAUACAAUUUAUUGUUAAGUGUGAUCAAAUACUUUGUAAAUAUUAGUUUGUUAAAUAUGUGUUGCUUCAAACAGGAACCACAACACACCCGUCUGUCUGUGUACAGUAGGCCAGAGUUUCUCAAGAGAAAUAAAGCUUUGGUUUAGACACUCA